CAAAGAGUACAGAAGAAAAAGAAAAAAAAAAAAAAUCAUUUCGUCUCUCUAAAUCGAAGAAGAAGAAGAAGGUAUGGCGGAUCAGCUUACAGAUGAACAGAUCUCUGAGUUUAAGGAAGCUUUUAGCCUCUUCGACAAAGAUGGAGAUGGUUGUAUCACCACUAAGGAGCUGGGAACAGUGAUGAGGUCUCUAGGGCAGAACCCAACAGAAGCUGAGCUACAAGACAUGAUCAACGAGGUGGAUGCUGAUGGUAACGGCACCAUUGACUUCCCCGAGUUCCUUAACCUAAUGGCUAAGAAGAUGAAGGACACAGACUCCGAGGAAGAGCUGAAAGAAGCAUUCAGGGUGUUCGACAAAGACCAGAACGGUUUCAUAUCCGCUGCAGAGCUCCGCCAUGUCAUGACGAAUCUAGGAGAGAAGCUGACUGAUGAAGAGGUCGAGGAGAUGAUCCGUGAAGCUGAUGUUGAUGGAGACGGUCAGAUAAACUACGAGGAGUUUGUCAAGAUUAUGAUGGCUAAGUGAUGACCAGAUGAAAAUGAAGAAUAAAAGUGAUGUGAUGAUCUGUUUAGGCUUUUACUAUCUACAAAAAAAAAAGAUUCAGACCUCUAGUGUUUUGGGUUUGAUUGAGCCUAAUAGUUCUCAAGAUUUUAACAGACUGAAAUUGUGACUUAUCUUUUUUUUUUAUAUAUUUUGUGGGUCUUUUCUUGUUGGCAUAAUUGCAUGUUUAGAUCUUGGUAACUAGAGUGGUCACAAAAAGCUUUGUUAUAUGGGGAAAAAGUUAUUUCA